AUGAAACAAAAUAAGAACGAGCUUUGGAAGCUUGACCUUAUAGAAGCAAAGUUCUUCAAGAUAACGCCUCGGUUGCAAACAACAAAGAAACUUUUAAACGCUAGAAACAAUGCUAAGCUCAUGAAGAAGCUACCCCAGACAAGGGAGGAAGCCCACUCCCAGAUCCAUGCCUUUAAACACGACUUGUUCGAGAAGAAGUUCUAUGGAUCAUUUGUUAAAUUGCAUCGUGAAGUCUUGAAGAAGAUGAAGACUGACCUGAGAUCGUGGAAGAAGGAUACUCAUGGAUCCCUCAUGAAGCUUCUUGAUUCUGAAGAAGCUACGAAACAGAUGGUGGAAGCCAAGCUAGUCAAAAUCUUCAUUUCAGCUGUUCUUUUGUCUAAAGAUCAUAAGACUUCUCCUCCAACAUAUCUACCUGAAGAUCUUAGGGAGAAGGUAACUAAUAAAGCUAAUCCAUCUAACCCUUCCAGGUUCUUCAUUAACCACUGCCAAAAUGAUAAACUCGUGAAUGGCUACAUUUCCAAAUUGUGGAAUUCCAAGGAUAUGAAGAAACUCAUAGACGAAAUCGACUGGUCUUUCAGAAAGGUCAGAGGAGACUUGACUGUGGACGAGAAGAACAUCAGGUCUGCUGUUACAGGAAAGAAGACUGGUGACAAGACUGAUGCCAACGAAAGCGAUAGUGAAAGUGACAGCAGUGAUAGUGACAGUGAUAGCGACAGUGACAGCGAUAGCGAGUCUGAGGACAGCUCAGCUAGUGACGCUGCUAGUGAACUGGAGGAAGCUGGAGUGAGCGGUUCAGAAGAUGAAGAUAUUGAUGCUGAGGAUGCAUUUGAGAAAUACGCUGCAUACGAUAACUUGGUGGCCGGUUCAGAUGAUGAGGCUGAAUUCCAGGUCGAUCCAAACGUGAACUACAACGAGGUCACGGAUGAAGAACCCUCUGACGAGGACUCCGACGCGGAAGAGUUAGAUGAGAAAGCACAGAAGAAGAAGUUGAAGGAGUUGAAGAAGAAGGAGAAACAGGAAAAGAAAGAGAGAAAAGAAAUGGAGAAGAAAGAGAAGGAAAAACAUAAGCUACCUUCUUUGGCUACUGGCUAUUUCUCUGGUGGUUCCGAUGACGAAGAUGAAGUGGAUAAUGAUAAGGUUGUGAAGGAAGCCACGACAACCAGAAAGAACAGAAGAGGUCAGCGUGCCAGACAAAAGAUUUGGGAGCAGAAGUAUGGUAAGAAGGCCAACCACGUUCAGAAGGAGAAGGAGCGUCUCCUCAAUGAGAGAGAGCAGAGACAACAGGAAUUCGAGGAGAGACAAAGAAAGAGAGACAUGAAGGCUAGACUCGCUAGGGAGGCUGAAGAAGCCAACAAGGUUGCGGAUGCAUCCUUCUUGGGAAGCUAA